GGUUGAACUGUGUGUUAUGACUUAUGAGGUUAAAUAAAAUUAUUUAUUCUUAUAUAAAUUACAGUGUUCCAAAUGGAUAACAUUCAAGCGCGUCACAGUUCGUACACAAACGCCUACCCUUCAGUAUCAGUGGAUACAAGAACAUUUUCUAAAUCAGAUAUGAAUAUGAGUAAACCUCACUGCAGUAGCAAAUUAAAUGAGAGCGACAUUUUCCGUGUUAAAAACAGUUGUGAAGAAUACUACAAAAGAUACGAAUACGAUGAGAGACCAGUUAAAGAAAACAGUUCAAUUGACAACAGCUAUAAGGAAGACCGAAUGUCUGGUGACACCAAAGAUUCCAUAGCUAACUCAGAGCUGGAUAAUUUAGAAUUAAAAGUAUUAAAAAAUAUAUCUCACGAAUUUCAAUCUGAUGAUACGUCAAUUGAAAGCCUCGAGUCUAACAUUAAACUAUUUAAAUGCACUGUUCAGGAAAUAUUUGAUAAAUUCUAUAACAGCAUGAAUGAUUAUGAACUUUACAAACAGAGAUAUAGAGAUAUAUUAUCAAAGAAGAACGACUCUAUCCUGGAAAUGGAAAGUUUUAUUAAAAAUAUGAUUCAAAAUAUACUAUCCAUAUCUGAAACAUCUAUUGAUAACAUUAAGACAAAAUCCAAUGUGGGAUCACUACCUCAGGGGAGUACUGCUGUUGAAACUUACAAAAACGAAAAUUAUUCAUCUGAGUCGGCUGAUGAUUCAAAGUGCAGAAAUAAAAAAGAAGAAACACUAAACAUUUACCUUUUAAGUGUCGCUCCUUACGUAGCUAUAAAAAUGAAUAAUCGCAAUCAGCUGUCUGAAAUCGAUAUACGAGAUUCCAGUAUAGACGAACUAGAAGGGCAAUUGGCUUCAGCAGAAAAUAUUAAAAUGAUAGCAGCCAAGAAAAGACAGCUGGAAAGAUACAUAACCCAGCAUAAUGUCCAGCCCAAUGACAGAAGUAUACCUAUAAAAGUAUCAUGUCCAAAAAAAGAUAUAUCAUUAAACGAAGAUUUUGCUAAAGAUAAGCAAGAAGAGAGCAUGUCACUUAUAUCAAAAAUUUGCAACUACAUCUGCAAGAGGUUUCGAAAGGCAUCUUUCUAG